UUCAUAGGUGAAAGCCACACCUUUUAUUUAUCUACCUAUCUUCUUUACUGAUGAAACUGAAACUACUUUGUGAUACCUGUUGUCUCAGUUUACAUUUAUUGCCUAACAACAGACCAGUUUAAAAGCAUCAACUGGAAUCAAUUUGCAUUUGAAAAUUAGAUCAACACAAAGACUUGAUAUUGUGGAAUGAGUAGCAAACAAGCAAUGUCAUCUAACAAAAAGGAAAGGCUCUUGUGUUAUAAUGGAGAAAUUCUUGUUUUCAAGCUGUCUGAAGAGCAUUUUGUAGAUAAAGAGCCUGCAAAAACACCCAUAUUACAUGUCAAAAGAAUGGUAUUUGACAGAGAAGCAAGAACUUUUGUUCAGAAGUCCACUGGAUUUUUUAGCAUAAAAGAAGAAAACUCUUAUUUAAAAAUUAUAUGUUGCAGUUUUGUGUCAGAUUGCAGAACUAGAAUUAACCUCCCUUAUGUUGUGAUACAAAGCAAUAAAAAUGAUAAGGUUUUCAAAUAUUUUCUCCUAUUUCUUCACAGUACCAAUAAGUUUGAAAGGCGUUUAGUUUUUAAGCUAGACUAUGAAUUGAACGAUGGCUUAAGAAUCCUUAAUGGCCCUUUAGUAUUAUGGAGACAUGCCAAAACAUUCUUCUGUCUCACUCCCCAAACUGGCAAAAUUAUUAGUGUGUCAGGUAAAUUUUCCUCUAUUGAGUGGGCAGGGGAGAUUGAAAAUUUAGGUAUAGUUUUACUGGGAUUAAAGGAAUGUUAUUAUUCCAAGGAAGGAUGUACCCAAGAGCCUUCAAAAUCAGAUUAUGCAAUUCGGGAUACCAAAUUUUGUGUAUACUCUCUUGAAAGUCAAGAAAUAUUAAGUGAUGCGUAUAUUAUCCCUCCUGCAUAUAGCAGUGUGGUGACUUGUGUACAUGUCUGUGCAGCUGAAGUAAUCAACAACCAGUUAAGAAUGUCUCUGAUUGCCCUUACUCAAAAGAAUCAGCUGAUUUCAUUUAAAAAUGGGACUCCUAAAUUUGUGUGCCAACUUCCAUUUGGAGAUCCUUGUGCAGUUCAACUUAUGGAUUCAGGUGGAGGAAACCUCUUUUUCAUAGUAUCCUUUAGAUCAAGUAAUGCUUGUGCUGUUUGGAAAGAGAACUUUCAGGUUGCUGCUAAGUGGGAAAAACUUAGCUUAGUACUGAUAGAUGACUUUGUUGGAAGUGGAACUGAACAGGUACUGCUACUUUUUAAGGACUCCUUGAACUCAGAUUGCCUGGCUUCAUUUAAAAUAACAAAUCUUGGGAGCAUAAACUAUUCAAGUGAACCGUUGGAUUGCAGUGAAGAUGAUUUAUUUGAAGACAAACAAGAGAAUCGUUACUUGGUGAUUCCACUUCUGGAAAAAAGAGUGAAAGAUGGUUUUUCUUCUUUUCGGGAAAUACAGAAGCAUCUCUUGCUUCAGGACAGAAUUAUUUCAAAAUCUAGGAAAGCUUUAAUAAACCUGGUUCAGGGGAAAGAUGAUAGUGCAUCAAGUGCAGAGGAGAAAGACUGUCUUAUUCCUCUUUGUGGAGAAGAAGAAAAUUCUGUCCUUAUGUCUGGUGAAAAGUUAUCAGACAAUUUUCAAGAUUCUGAACAGUUAGUAGAGAAGAUAUGGUAUCGUGUAAUGGGUGAUAGCUUGGUUGUUGGAGUAAGAACCACAUCUUCUUUGAAGCUGUCCCUAAAUGAUGUGACGUUAUCGCUAUUAAUGGAUCAAGCCCAUGACUCCAGCUUACGGCUUAUUAAGUGUCAAAACAGAGUGAUUAACCUGAGUACAGGUUCUAUCCCAGCACCACACUUGAUGCCAUUUGAAAUAGAAUCGGAAGCAAAAAGGAUCAAGUUGACCCUUGGUAGCAAAGAAAAGGAAAGUUUUAUUUGUGAACAAUCAUCUAAGAAAGAGUAUGUACACAUAAUUACUGCUGUAACAGCUCUUUCGCCACUUUUAGCAUUCAGUAAAUUUUGUUGCAUUGUACUGCUACAAAUUAGGGAAGGAGAAAAUGGUAACUAUCCUGAAGAUCGUUAUGUUCUAUGUGGCAGACUUUUUUUAAGUCUAGGAGAUCUUUCAAGUGGGAAAUAUCUACUGACAUUUCCAAAGAAGCCUACAGAGCACAUGGAAGAUCUUUUUGCACUUCUUGCAACAUCCCACAAAUCUUGUUUUCAAAUCAAAUCACCUACCUAUGUCCUGAAUUCAAUGAAGGUGUGGCUCUUAGAACACAUGAAAUGUGAAGUAAUAAAAGAACUUCCAGAAAUAUACUUUUGUAAAAGGCCAGAUUUCUAUGAGACGGUCUUCACCUGGAAACAAAGAACAUCAUUUGAAGGGAUUUUAAUAGUCUAUUCCAGGAAUCAAACAGUUUUGUUCCAGUGCCUUCAUAAUCUUAUUAGAGUUCUCCCUGUAAGCUGUUUCCUCAAAAAUUUAAAAUUAGGAAGUACAGAUUUCCUAAUUAAUUAUAUGGCAUCUACUUUGGAGAAGGAACUGGUUACCUUUGGUUCUUUUUCUUCUGCCCUAGCUAAAGUUGAAAGCAACAUUGUGCAGGAAUGUGAAGCAAGCAAAGGAAAGAGUAGUGUCGUUGUGACUCCUUCAUCAGAUGGAAAGGAAAAUAUCUACUCCUACAGAAAAGAGCUUCAGAGAGAAAAGGAGAAAAUGUUGCAAAUGAACCUAAAAAUGAGUGGUGUUCUUUACAGAGAAAUGACUUUGAAAGUAGCUGAAGUUCAGUUGAAAUCAGACCUCACUGCACAGAAACUGACCACUUUAUAAUUACAACUUCAAUUUUAUCCUAUUUUAUGGUAGGUUCUUACUACCCUAAAGUUUUGUUUCCACUUGCUAUAUACCUUCUUUGUAAAAAUAAAGA